AACAAUAUUCUAAACUGAGUAAAUAUCUUAAAACAUGUUGCUUGGUGGUUCUUCUCCAUUAUAUUUAUCUGUUGUCUUCUACUGUUGAAAUUCAUUUUAAAUGCAAUAGUUUUUUUUUAUACAACUUGUCUUCUGAAUGUAUUCAUUAAAUUCUAAACUUUUUACUUUUCUGUUAGCAAUAUGAAAGCGUAAGAAAUACACUUCAAGAAAAAAAAGAACAAAACAAAUAAAUGGCAGGAAAUAUAAUCUGCCUAAUGCAUGUGUCAUUAUUCAUUACUCUAAUAUCCAUUGUUUUCCAUUGAGUGUUCAUUUCACCUGAUUCUUUUGUUUAGUGUUUAAAGAAAUAAUGCACGUAGAGCCGUUUUAAAAUUUAAUUCCAAAGUUCAAAGUCUCUGUUAACUUACAUUUUUCUCUGCAUGAAAAGAACCAUCCCAAUGUUUAAGGAUCCCGGUUUCAUCGUUAACGUACAGAGAUGCACCAAGUUUUCGUCGCAGAUUUCUGAUCUCCGGUUUGAUUAAGCUUUGACCCGCUAACACAGACUUUUAAACACUUCGGUUUAUCUUCAGUAACUUUAAUUAACAGCAUUCCAAAUGAUUUUCUCACUGUCUUCAUCCUGUGAGCUCCCAGUAAAUAUGUGUGACAGUGGCAGGAGUGAUGUCACACAGUGUGUGUGUGGGAAGGACAUUUUUACGCAUUUUUGUAGAAUUUUUCACUAUCAGUGCAGUUAGCAUUAUUAAUUGAAAACAUCAUGCUUUGUGUGUAUUUCAUGGAAAACGUGGUGCUUUAUCUUAGCUCUGAGACGUCCAAAAGGAUUUAAACAUUUCUAAAUCUAGCAUGUUCCAUUACAAACAGACGUUGAAAGCUCUAAAGGAUGAAACAAAGCACCUUGUAGUAUGACUAGCCUUUGUGUUGUUGGUUAAAUGGUCGCUCUCUGUUUAAAUAAAGCCACCUGGAUGAAAAGGGGACAUUUUAAUGUAGAAAGUAACCUCUUUUAAAUAUUUAAUGUUUUUGGUGCUUUUUCUGACUUCAUUUUAAACCCCUAACUGUUUCAGAAACUAGUUGAAUUUGAGCCUCCAUCUCUCAGUUAUAGCUUCAACACUGAAGAUUGUUGUAGGCGCAGUCUGUUUGCUCUUAGGAGUGGUGCAUGUGCCAAAUGGAAGAAUGUCACAUAUUUAACCAGACAGCUAUCAGCCGGUGUCACUCAAGCUGAUAAUCAGCCGAUUCCAGAUCUCCAGCCCCAUUGCUUGGUGCAUCUCGUCAAAUUUACUCUUUGUUUGAUUGUCCUCAUGAUUCCCUUUUGCUUUGUUUCCCAUUCCUGUCUCUCUGGGUCUUUGUCUCCAGCUGUGCCCAAUCGGCAAGUAGAUAUUGCUACGCAGGGCUGGUUUAUCGGACUGAUGUGCGCCAUCGCUCUUCUGAUCUUGGUUCUUCUCAUUGUGUGUUUCAUCAAGAGAAACAAAGGUGGCAAAUAUCCAGUGAAAGAGAAAGAGGAUGCUCACCAAGACCCAGAGAUCCAACCUAUGAAGGAGGACGACGGAACAUUCGGAGAGUACAGGUCAAUGGAGAGUGACACCGAGGACCACAAGCCGCUGAAGGGCAGCCGGACACCGUCCAACGGGACGGUGCGGCGCGACGAGAGUGACGACAGUUUAGUGGACUACGGGGAGGGCGGGGAUGGACAGUUCAACGAGGACGGCUCCUUCAUCGGCCAGUACAGCGGCAAGAAGGAGAAGGACACGCACGAGGGCAACGAGAGUUCGGAGGCGCCGUCGCCGGUCAACGCCAUGAACUCUUUCGUCUAGCGGGAGCCCCCGCCGCCUGGCUGCAGCGGUUGCUACGGCCAUCCCCCCCGUCACCCUGGCAAGUGUGACCAUCCCUGUGGUGACAGUUGCUAAGGCGACCGCUGUUGCGGACACCCGCUUUUACCCCGUGGGGGCCGUCACGCCGGCGGGUCAAGGCUGCCUUGCACCAAGACUGCUGACACGUCCUCAUCUCCACACCCGUCAGCCCCAGUCACACUGUGACCUCCCAGUGACCACACACUUAAGAAUCCCCCACAACCAUCGAAGAAAAGAAAAGAAGGACGUCUGGGAUAGAAGAGACGGCGAGCAAUGCAGAAAAGCAAACAGAAUUUACCAGAGGGGGUUUUACCACUCAGACUGAACACGAGAGUGGCCAAGUGUGCGUUAGCGAUCUUAUUACAAACAUAUUAAAUAUAAUAAAUAUAUAUAUAUAUAUAUAUAUAUAUUUGAUGGAAGUAUGGCAUAUGACCCGCAGGCAGGCUAAAUUAAGCAAAUCGCAUUCAUAAGCAUCUGCAUGGAGCAAAUUGUGAGUCUGUUAGGCCUUUUCUUUUCCUCUUGUCGUUUUAUUUGCAGAGAUAUGCUGCGUCUUACACUGUAUUUGGUGCACGCCUAUGAGUCAGGGUGUUAUUUUCUUAUUUUCACAAGAGUGUUAUAUGGUCUUUGACACAUAGAAAAAAAAACAAAAUGACAGCAGUGGUAUUGUGACCCCAGCUGUGAAACGUGUGACUCAGAGUAGAAGCUAGUAGAUGUUUUAAUUUGACUCCUUUUUUAAUACAGAGGGACUUUUUGUACAUGUGUGUUAGAGAAAAAAAAAAAAGGCUGUAUGGAUAUCCAGGUCAGGUGUUGUCCAAACCUGGAAACGCAGAAGCAGAGAGCCAGCCUGUUGUUCCCCACCGGCAGCGCCUUGCUAAAGUACACAUCUUUUUUUUUUUUCUCACGUUACAACCUUAUACUUCAAUACGUCUUGUUGAGAUUUUAAUGGAGAGACCAACACAAAGUGACUCAUGAUUAGAUGGGGGGGGAAGUAAAAUGAAUGUUGCAUGGUUUAAAACUAUUUUUUCAAAUAAAAGCCUAAGACAUGCAUUUGUAUUCAGGGCACUUAGACAACACUUUGCUGGAUCACAUGAAUCUGCAUCCGCAGGCGCAAGUCUUUAAGGAUUUAUCCCUACUAGCUUUUCAAAUCUUGAGCGUGAAACUAUUCCUCACCCUUGGCUACUGCUGCAAGCAAAAAAAAAAAAAAAAAAAACCCAAAAAAAACAAAGUUUAGUUUUCAUGUAGACCAAGAAGUUCAAUAAGGGUUGGCCUUGCCUGUUGAAACAAAUCUAUUCCGCAUCAUGAUGUUGCCGCCACCAUGUCUCGUUGUGUGGAUAGGGUUGUCCUGAAACGUGUGUCAGGUGUCUGGCCCCUAUAUGCAAACACACCGACUAAGUGAUUAUACAUCAGUGGAGGGGCUUUCUUUAAAGGCAUUAGAGUAAAAAGGGCAAAAUACAGAUAUCUUGUAUACCUUUCACUCUUAUGCUUCCACUUUUGUGUUAGCUAUAUAAAGAAAUCAUUGACGUCUGAGGUUGUAAUGUGCCAAAACACUCAAAAAACUAAACGUAUGAAGACUUUUGCAAGGCACUGUAUUUCCAAAAAGCCUGUUUGUAGCCUCAUGGUUUCUGCCAGAAUUUCUUUCAUGUUGUAUUAGCUCUGCAUUAUACCCUUACUGAACAUUGAUUGAACCAGAGUCACCGUCGAGUGCUUCCACCUAGAGCCAUGUUCGCUGUGUAGACCCUGUCAGAACUCUCUCAUCUCAACAUUCAUUUCACUGGCAUUAAUCCCCCAGAUUUGUUUUGAAUCUAUACUUGCAUAAAUAUUCCAAUAGUAUAACUUUACUAAGAUUAUUGAUGGUAGUUUUGGGAUAUUUUAUUUAUAUGGUGAUGAUCGCAAAGCUGUCAGCAUGGUUUCUAGUGCCUUUGUAGAAUACAGUUACCUAGAUCCACAGUUCAAUGCCUGUUAUGCAGACCAAAACGUAAAAAAGCAAGGUGGCUGUAGAAAGCUUGAUAAAGGACACCUCUUAAAGAAAGAGCCCUCAUGGUGCAGCUGAUGAUUGUGACGUUUCUUGUAAGGAAAUGUUACAAAUUUUAACAUUUUGCCAGCUACAAAAGAGUGAAAAAUUAAAGGGAAACUUGGGCUGGUGUUGCCUGAGGUGAGUGAAAACACUUGGUUUCCCAUUGAUAGUUUAUUCUAGGGUUCCUUAAAAGAUACUCCUGUUUUCCACUGGUUGAUCACUGAACCCAGUUACUGCAGCUCAAGUUCUUGAACAUCUUUUGAAAGAACAAUGUUCAUCAAAGCUGUUCUGAUUUUUUUUUUUUCAGAGUCAAAGUUUCUGCACAUGGCUUCAAACAGAGUCAAAAAGAUGUAACUGAAAGUUGCACAAUGGCAUCAGCUGCCCGGACUCUGCUUUAACAACGGACCCUACUCAGAAAUUGGCAAAUCAGAAGGAAGCUCGGGAUUGUGCGUCCAUUUUAAACGUCUCCACUCAACACAUUCAUCUAAAACCUAAACUAAAACUACUGCCAGCCUGCUCACCAGAUAACUGCCAGUGUGAACCAGCUUCACCACCUUGUCUAGUCCCUAUUGUAACCGUCACUAUUGGGGGAAAAAGAAAGUUGGAGAAUAACAUUACCGAAUGUGGAUACAAGCGUAUCUGUUCAUGCAAUGAAAAAAUAGUGCUUGUUUCAUUUCAGAGAGUGAAUGCACUGGUGACUUUGAUUUAUGCAUUUUUUUUGCUUACCUUCUGCAGUAUAUGUUAUUAAGAGUGUGAGUCCAGGAUUCAAGUGAAGCGCCGGCGUGAAUGUUUGGGCGCACGAGCAUGUGCGACACGUGCAUGCCCCCCCCGUGAAACGGAUGCGUGUGUGUUUGCGUGUGUACACUUAGGUAUACACUGCUUUCUGUCGUUCCGAUGUGCAUCCUGAAGUCUGCUCCUUCUGGACACUGGAGCUUCCUUUUAAUUUUUAAGGGUUUUCAUGUCUUAUCAUAACUUGCAUCAAGUUUUUAGGUUUCAACAUGUGAGAACACCACGUGUAGAUAUAUACAUUUUCUGUUAAUUGUAAAUAACGGUUUGAUUUGAGCGUAGAUGUGUGAUCAAGGUAUAGUGGACAAUCUGUUUUUUUUUUCGGCUUCUAGUUCUGGGGCGAUCAUACUUUCUAUUUGUUGUCUCACAGGCCGGUGAUUGUUACGCGCUCACCUGACGCCAACGUGCGUGCUCGUUUCUGCUUAGUUUCCUUUGCGACUUAAUUGGCCGUUUCUCACCUACAUUUCCGGAAAUAAUUGUCCGCUGUACCUUUUAAGAUCAGAGUCGGGAUAGGGGGAAGAAGUUAGACUGUGUGGAAAAAAAGACUACUUCUAGUUUUCACGCUUUGAUUUGGUGUGGACCUUUUUAUUUUUUUCAUUUUAUUUUUUACUAUUAUUAUCGUCAGGUAAACAUGUUUAGCCUACUGUAUCGGGUAUCACAGCUGAUGAUUUAACUUGUGACUGAGCUCUUGUGACACCUGUAUUGUUUCUAUUUCUGGCAGUUCAUGCACAUUUUCAGCAUUUUUUUUGUAUUUAAUAUAUAUAAAUAUUUAAAAAAAACAAAAAACAGCACAUGGUUAUGGGACUGUUAUUUCAAAUGAAACGCAUCUAAUCUAGGACAACCAGGCUGUCCUAAAUUAGACGUCUUUUUAGGAUUGUGGAAACAAAAGGAAAAUACUACCAAUUCGGAUCUUAGAACAACGUGGCGUGGAAACACUAGUGCAUUUGAGUGUGAAUACCCUGGAAACAAUGUUACUGACUGAAACAGUAGGAUAUACAGUAUAUGACAAAUUAUAACAUUCUGGUUAAUGUUGAAGCUACACGAGAAGCAUGAAAGGCUGUUGAAUGGUUUACUCUACAAUAUAAUAUUGCAAAAAUAUUUUGUAAUUUAAAUGAAGUAAAAAAAAAAGUGAAUAAAUGUUGGUUUCAGGAUUUCAAA